UAACGUAUUUUUCCUAAACGAUUUUCUCAAAGAAUACAAAAUAAACUUAAGACAGUACUCUAAAUGUGCGUUGUUCGUCUUCGGUAGUGCUCAGCAUGUUGAAGUCGAAGCAGUUACUCCAACAGUUUUCCAAAGAGUACGCAAAGUAUACGCCGACCAACUUCAAGCUUAAGCGGGCCCUGGUCGUCACCAAGUUGUCCCGCUAUGAGUUCGAGCAGCUACGCCACCCGGAACUAUCUCCGGAUCAGCUCCAGCAAAAGCUCCGUGACCGGGGCACCGAUGUGGAGAUGGUCCUGCACCUGCACAAGGUGCACAAGGACUUCGAGCGGCGGGUCGUGCAGAGCUUUCAGGACGUUGGCUGCGAGGUGAAGUUGUCCAGCAGACUUGAAUUUAGAAGCUCGUUGAGCAAGGACGUCAUGAGCUGGGCGGACGUCAUCGUGCCGGUAGGCGGCGAUGGCACUUUCCUUCUCUCUGCCGGACGCGCCAGUCCGCUCUUUGCGCUCAGCCAGCAGAAGACGCCGAUCGUCGGCUUCAACUCGGAUCCGCUUCACUCGGAGGGUCGACUCAUGCUGCCCAAGCACUACUCGGAUAAUCCGGCCGACGCCGUCUCCCGUAUCAAGAGCGGCGAUUUCAAGUGGAUGCAUCGCUCGCGGGUGCGGACUACCAUGCUGGGUAGCAAUGGCAAAAUUCCGGAGCCAACUGACCUUUUCCGGCAUACGGAGGUCAAGAUGGAGCAGGUCAGCACUGCACCCGAAAUGCUGGACCAGGAUAUGGCCUACAAGUACAAGGCCAAGAUGAAACGCGUACUUCCUUACUUGGCUUUAAACGAGGUAUUUAUUGGUGAGCAUCUAUCGGCUCGAGUGUCCCACUUGCAACUGGUGCUGGACCACCAGGACAUGGUGAACAAGACUAAAUGCUCCGGAUUGUGCGUCAGCACGGGAACGGGCUCAACAUCCUGGCACACCAGCAUUAAUCGCAUCACCAGCCGGGAUGUGGACGACCUGUUACGCUCCCUGCCGAACGGCAAUUCAAAGAACGUGAUGAUAAUGCGCCAAAAUGCGGAGGAGAUCGCCCAGAGAUACAACCAGGGCCUGCUGUUCGCUCCAGACGACCCGCGCCUCUGCUAUUCGAUCCGGGAGCAAAUCUGCGUGGGCGUCUGGCCUUCGCCAAAGACUUUUAAGGAGCGCGAUUUUGUGCAGACCGUGUUUGUCAAGUCGCAUUGCAUCGAUGCCAACCUGGUUAUAGAUGGCAGCAUUUCGUUCCCCUUUAACGAUGGCGCCAAGGCUUUGCUAGAGGUUCACCCAGAGGAUGCCCUUCUGACCAUCGCUUUAGACUGAAUCCAGUGAUGCGCCCCUUGUGCCUGGUCAUCUAGCCCUAGCAUGUCUGAAUUUAUGAAAUUAUUUAAGUAAGCAUUUUGCAACUACUUAGCAGUGUAAGCUCAAAAGUUAAUUUGUUAUUUCUUAAAAGUAUAUUUAAACAUCACGCUUUA